CAAUAGUUGCUAAAUCGACAAGGUCCCAGUAAACUCAAACGACUUCUCCAAUAUCAUUUCGGCACACGUUCACUCGUCAGAUUUCUAUAAUUGAUUUCAAUAAUUAUUGCAAGUAUCGCAAUACGUAUAGUCGCAGGGACCAUCCAGGGGCCUUAAUGAAACUGGCGCUUCGCUGGUUCGGUUCAACGUGCACCCAAUUUCAGUCGCUGUUGUAGGCAUCGAAGUGCGAAAGUUGUACGAUUAUACCGUCAUGUUAUCCAGGUGGUUUUGCGCAUUUCUCUUAAUCCUGGCGAUUCAAGAUAUUAUUGCGGAUACUGGACAUGAUGUAAGCAAAUAUAAUAUGGCAUACUACAACUUGUCUCCACGUUUGGGAUUAAGAGCUGAACUGGAAAACACUGGUCGACGUCCUUCAGCCAAAGCUAGGACUUCUUAUCGUGGGUUGGAAUGCAACUGCAUAAACCUGAUGUGCAGCUGUUGCACCGACCCCAGCAUUACUGACAUCUUCAAUCAUCAUGUCUGCACCAAUAUCACCUAUAAUCCCGAGAACUCUGACAUCAAGCUCGCAAUCAUAAUGGACAGGAAAAAGAUUUAUACUAAUUCUUUCUCCGCCAAAGAUCCACCACCUAUCUGCGUGCCCCCUGCUCGUUUUCGCUUCGUGAACUUCUGUGUGCGCCUCUUCGACAUCAACAUGACCAAGAGCAAUCUCUACGUUUGCAUCGACUUCGAGACACGCGUGAUGGACUGGCCGAUUCUAAUCCUGCAUUUCAAUUGCUUUAAAAUCGGAGCAAACGGUCUUUCCUGGACAAAACCAGAAGACGGCAGUAAUGUUUUUCAAGCUUUGACGGAAGUGAGCGGACCCGAAAUAUACGACGAUGUGGACUUUGAGAACGCUCCUAUGUUUCCGAACAAUUAGACUUCUUCUGGCUUGACACCCGAAGAGGAAGACAACAUCGGUCAAUCAAAGCUGUAAUUUUAAGUAAUAAUAUCGCAUAAUUGUACGGUCGUUGUAACGUUAUUAUUAUAAUAGUCUUGUACUUGAUUUGUCGUUAUUUAUUAUAUUUAAAUAGAACGUAUACAUAUAAUUAUUGGAAGGAUUAAAGUUGGAACGUGUAGCACCAGUAGUGUAUUUGUGAGAGUAGC